AUGUUGAAGAGGUACCACGGUGAUGGUUCCUAUAUUAUCCGUUGGGAUUCGAUUUUGUUAUAUGAAAAUCUGUCAUAUGAGAAAAAGCCUGCUGCUAUCUUAGACAGGGAUGUUCGCAAGUUGAGGCCCAAGGAAAUAGCUUUUGUGAAAGUUCAGUGGAAGAAGCUACUUCGGAGACAGAGUUCGAUAUGCGUAGCAAAUACCCUCGGCUUUUCGCCGAGUCAGCCUCAGACAGUUGGUCAGUUUAAGCGGACGAUUCAAGUCCUGGAGGAUAUGCUCCAAGCUUGUGUGAUUGAUUUCAGUGGUCAUUGGUACCAGUUCUUACUAUUGGCAGAGUUUGCUUAUAAUAAUAGUUACCACUCGAGCUUUGAUAUGGCCCCAUUUGAGGCUCUUCAUGGGAGGAGGUGUAGAUCUCCUAUUGGGUGGUUUGAUGUGUUUGAGAUUGUGUGCCGGAGACAUCUUCCAGACCUCAUAUCUAGCUUGAGGCCAGUUCCUGAUCAGAUCCGAGGUUAUCAUGUUAGUAUCAAGAUGGCACUGUCCGAAGCUCUGUAUAGGCGAAUGUGUAGAUCACCCAUUGGGUGGUUCGAAGUUGGUGAAGCAGGAUUGUUAGGGGUCUAUCAGGCUAUGGAGAAAGUCAAGUUAAUACAAGAGCAUUUGAAAACGGCUCAGAGUCGCCAGAAGUCCUAUUUUGAUGUGCGACGAAGAGACUUAGAGUUUUAA